GGACAGAUGGUGCUUUCCCAGUUGUCUUUGAAUACUGUUUCUUACAGUAAAUUAACAUUGUAAUACGAUGUUGUCAAUGGCCGUAUCUUAGCUUUUGCUAAUCAUAACAUAAUACAGAAACAAUAUUAUCCUACAUUACCAGUUUGUUUGAGUUUGCAAAGGUUUGCCAUUUGAGUGCACAUGUCAAUUUGGAGGUUGUGUUUUUGUCCACAGUUUCCGAGUGUUGGUAUGCGUUGCAACAGCGAUUGCAAGCUUCCUUGUGGUGUCCUUAUCUUCUACCAUGUGGAUAAGCGUUUUGGGUGUGAUCUUUGCCAGUGUGAGCGCUGGACUGGGAGAGCUCUCCUUCCUCUCUCUCACUGUCUUCUUUAGCAGAGAUGUGUUGGGGGGCUGGGGCUCGGGCACCGGUGGAGCAGGUGUGGCCGGGGCUCUGCUGUACUCUGGUCUCACGCAGGCUGGCCUCUCGCCCAGGAACACGCUGCUCAUCAUGCUGGUCGUCCCUGUAGCCAUGGUGAUCAGCUAUUUUUUCCUGCUAGUCUUCCCCCCAUCCUUCCCACAGUGGAAGUGCAGGGAGGUGGAGUCUGUGAGGGGCAGAGACUCACAGAGCAGGCAGCCCCUAUUGGAUGACACUGAUGAAGAGGAGGAGCGGGAGAAAGGUGCUGAAGAAGACAAGGUCACUGGACCACUGACAUGUAUUGAGAAACUACACAUCACUAAAGGUCUGCUGAGGUUUGUGGUUCCGUUAGGAGUUGUCUACUUCGCGGAGUACUUCAUCAACCAGGGCCUGUUGGAACUCCUAUAUUUCCCAAACUUCUCUCUCUCCCAUGCAGAGCAGUAUCGCUGGUACCAGACACUGUACCAGGUGGGGGUGUUGGUCUCGCGAUCCUCUCUCUGCUGUGUGAAGUUCAGGAGAAUCUGGGCUCUCUCUCUGCUUCAGUGUGUGAACGCGGUGUUGCUGUUAUUGUCGGUGUACUACCAGUUCCUGCCCAGUGCAUGGCUGGUGUUUGUGAUAGUCCUCUACGAGGGGUUGCUGGGAGGAGCUGCCACAUUCUACUUCAUCAGCAAGGAGACUGGAGACAGACAGAGGGAGUUUGCCAUGGUGGCAGCCAGUGUAGGAGACUGUCUGGGCAUCGUCAUCUCCGGCCUCAUAGCUUUCCCAGUCCACAGAUACUUCUGCUCACUAUGAGAGAUAGUAGAGGGAGAAAGACUGGUGGGAAGUGCAAAAGAGGUAGUAUCAUGUUUUGAAGUGCUUGGUAUUUCCUUGGAGGUCUGAAGAAGAGACUCUCUGCAGCUGGGGUGGAUGGAAAUUGCUGAUAAUUAUUGUUAUGCUUAAAUUAGAGGUCUGUUCAGACAUCUUCCUGCACCUUAGCAACCUUGCUGGGUGUGUGGUAGAUUCCUCCAUUUACUUAGAAAUCACAUUGUUACGACUGGUACAAGUUUCAUAUCACUUCAAAAGAUAACGGUCACUAGCCAACUGUAACUUUAAUAUUUCUGCCAUCACCAAGGACAUUUGUCAAUGUGCCUUUGAUAAUUAUCAGGAUUGUAUGUUUUAAUAUAUUUAUCUUCUCACUACAUUCCAAUGUCUAGUAUCCUGCUAAUAUUUGUUUUAAAUGUAACCACUAACUUUUUCUUUGCUGCUAUUGUUGAGUUACUGUUAUAAAAUUGUGAAUGCUCUAACUUAGCUCUACUAACAGUGUUUACAUGUGGUGGGCUUGUAUGAUCAAUGUUCAACUUUUGAAAACUGACCUGCGAUUCUACAAGUGAUUUAAAAUUUUAAAAAAGA